AUGGGUAUCUUGGAAAAGAUAUCUGAAAUUGAGAAAGAAAUAGCAAGGACUCAAAAGAAUAAAGCUACUGAAUAUCACUUGGGUUUAUUGAAAGCGAAACUAGCCAAGUAUAGAUCUCAGUUGCUUGAGCCUUCAAAAAAAGGUGGUGACAAGGGAGAAGGGUUUGAUGUAUUAAAGUCAGGGGAUGCUAGAGUAGCCCUGAUUGGCUUCCCAUCAGUUGGUAAGUCAACUCUGCUGUCAACAUUAACUCAUACACACUCAGAAGCAGCAAGCUAUGAAUUUACAACCCUUACCUGUAUUCCUGGGGUCAUUGAGUACAGGGGAGCUAACAUACAGUUGUUGGAUUUGCCUGGUAUCAUUGAAGGUGCUGCCCAAGGCAAGGGUAGAGGUAGACAGGUGAUAGCAGUGGCCCGUACUGCCGAUUUGGUGCUUAUGAUGUUAGACGCCACAAAGCCUUAUGUGCAUAGACAACUUCUCGAGAGAGAGUUGGAGAGUGUUGGAAUUCGGCUGAACAAGAACAAACCAAAUAUCUAUUUCAAGGUAAAGAAAGGUGGGGGUUUAUCAUUUAACUCCACCUGCCAAUUGACCAAGGUGGAUGAAAAGAUGGUGCAAAUGAUUUUACAUGAAUAUAAAAUAUUUAACGCAGAGGUGCUAUUCCGAGAAGACUGUACAGCUGAUGAACUGAUAGAUGUUAUCCUCGCAAAUCGAGUGUAUCUGCCCUGCAUUUAUGUCUACAACAAGAUUGAUCAGAUAUCCAUACAAGAGGUUGACAGGAUAGCGAGGCAGCCUAACUCCAUAGUUGUCAGUUGUAACAUGAAGCUGAAUUUGGACUUUCUAUUGGAGACACUGUGGGAAUAUCUCGCCCUCAUCCGAGUAUACACUAAGAAGCCAGGACAGCCACCAGACUUUGACGAUGGGCUUAUCUUGAGAAAGGGUGUUACAAUAGAACACGUGUGCCAUUCUAUUCAUCGGACUCUGGCUGCUCAGCUCAAAUACGCGCUAGUUUGGGGCACUAGCACCAAAUACUCUCCCCAACGCGUCGGAAUCCACCACACCGUUCAAGAUGAGGAUGUUGUGCAGCUCAUCAAAAAGUAA